CAUCAAUUUCUUGCAACAUUUUUUUUGAUAGCUUGAUUGAUUUUUGUCAGAGAUUUGGUCCAGGGGCCAGCUGUUCGUUGCACCGACUGCAUUGCGCCUGCUUGAACUGUAUGCACUUAAAACCCUUCCCUAGACUUAGCCCGGAUUUAAUUUCACUUAGUCCGCCCUUCGCUGUCACCAUGUCAGCCUCUGUGGAUGCGAGAGUGUAUGACGAGCUGGAGGCUCUAGAAGCUAUAUUGAUAGACGGGGUCGUUGUUACCAAUGAAAAUGGUGUACCCAGAGUGCUAGAAACUGUUAUUCAUCCCUCUACUGGCGAUCAGAUCGACCAGCAGUAUGUGUGUGUGACUUUGGAAGUGAAGCUGACUCCAGAUUAUCCUGAAAGCAGUCCCGAAGUGACUCUGAGAAACCCUCGGGGGCUGGACGAAAAGGUGGUGUCCAAAAUUCAUACAAAAAUAAAGGAAAAACUGGAUAGACAUGUUGGGAAUCCAAUUGUUUUUGAAUUGAUUGAGAUUGUCCGCGAGUUCCUCACUCAAUGCAACCUACCCAGCGGGCAAUGUGUGAUCUGCCUUCACAACUUUGUGAACGGCGAUGUGUUCAUCAAAACGCCGUGUUACCAUCACUUCCAUAGCCACUGCCUGUCCAAACACCUGAUCAAUAGCAACAAAUACUACAAUGAGGAGAUGGAGAAACUCCCCAACUGGCAGCGUGCACAGGCCAAACCAUACCAGCAAACCUGCCCGGUGUGCCGCUGUGUAAUCUCGUUCGAUGUGAAGAAGCUAGAGCAGGCACCGCCACCGGUUGAUUCUGUUAACGCUCCACCUUUCCGGCUAACUGAAGAUCUGAAGGCUCUUCAGGCGCGCAUGGCGGCGCAGCUGGCGCGGCAAAUCGCGCGAGGUGGCGUAGUGGGCACAGGGGACGACGGCCCUCCGCUAUUGACCAUCAGCACUGCAGCCGACAAAGAGGAGGCUAAAGGAUCCAGUAGCGGCGCUCAAGCCGCGAAGGUCGAAGCCCGGCCCAGUACCUCUACGGACGCCGCGCCCGAAGCUGACAAGCAGGCAUAUCGUGGCCCAUACCGCGGCUUCAACCGCCGCGGCAAGCCGGGCCGCCGGGGCCGCGGCGGCGCGCGGUGACCCGGCUGCCGCGCCCGCUCGCCGCCCGCCGCCUAGCGCCCGCGCACACUCCACACGCACACUCCCCCGGGCCCCAACACGCCACUGUCACCGUCUGAGCCGUCCCUCUCGCACCCAGCCCGCGAGAGAGAGACGACACAUACCCCACUUGACCUUAACGAAGCCUAUUUCCCUCUACAACUACAUACAGCCCUGAAAGAGACGCAAUAUACUCCACUUGACGAACUUAACCAUACCCGUUUUCCACUACCGGUAGAACUUUUUUAUAAAGCUGUAUACGUGACUGAGCUUUCUUUCUCAGACAUAGGCCGCGUGAGAGAGACGCAACAUACCCCACAUGUCGAACUUAACGAUACCCGUUUUCCACUACCGUUAGAACUUUUGUAUAUAGCUAUAUGCGUGACU